AUGAAGUUCACAUCCGCCCUGGCCAUUGCCGCCAUGUACAUGGCCGGCCCGACCCUUGGCGCGAAGCUGCGCCCCACAAACGGCCACGGCGCUCCAGACGCGUGCUUGGGCGUCAUGUACAAGAAGAGCGAGGGGGUCAAGGGACCUUCUGCCGCCAGAUUCGCGACCUACCCGGGCGGCAGCGGCACGGUGAAGCACGGCGUCACGCGGAUCAGCGUCGGGGUGACCGAGGACUGCGGUCUGCGGGGGACGCCCGGAAAUACCCCCGUGGGCUACGGCUAUGAAAUUAAGCCCAUGGCGUGGAGCGACAAGCCGUCCAGAGAUGUCGCCGUCGAGCGCGUGCGUGCGAUAAAUGAUUUGAUGUUUGUGAGACGACACAAACCCGAGGAGUCGGACAGUCGCUUCCGUGGUUUCGAUGAGAAUGGAAAGAUGCUCCCCCUGCCGUCAGUGGAGAUACGCGUCACAUGCAGGUUCCAUAUUGAAGUUGAUGUGGAGGUUUUUGAGUGUGAUGACUAG